AUGGUACAGGGCUGGGCUGGAGGGCCGACACAGACGGGCAGUCAGAUGUGGACAAUCGCCCACUUGUCCAGCCUCGGUUUUGCUCCCCAAGGCCGGGCGCAACCUCUUAUCGAGAGAUUGGUGAACAAAGGCCUUGAGCUUAUCUGCUGCCCGCAGUUUGCUCAGCCCACGGUGCCCCCAGUCAUCGGGAGGCACAAACCUGCCAGUCUCAGAGCUUUCCGUGAAUCCAUCCUUGACGUGCCCGGGAACCUCCAGGUGUCGGCCCCUCCAGGUGCUGAGGACACAGAGGAGAACAAGGCCCUGUGCUUGGGGUCGGGGGGUGACUGUCGGGGAGAUGGGCACCACCCCAGUGGCUUUAUCUGGCAGGAGGCAGCCAGAGCUGGCCCCUCGGAGCAGCCACCGUCGGCUGGCAGUCAGGCAGGGGCUGGGGCCCCAGGGAGGGCUUGCCCACUUGUCCCCCAGCACCCCAGGCCCCACAGGGACCUUCCUCCAGUCCAGCGGCCCCCACCCCCCACCCUGCCCUCACAUCCCGAGCUCCAGAGAACCGUCCUCUUGGCCUGCCCUGGGCGAGGGCCCCCCAUCCCAGAACUCAGUUUCCCCUCUCACACUGAGGGGCCAAAGACUGAGGACGAACAUUCAAGGCAACUGGAACCUUCCAGGGUGCUCCCUAACUGCAUGGAGGCUCCUGGGGCCAGCUACCGGGACAACCUCCUCUUACAACAAAUGUCCACAGGAAACACGUCCGCCCGCACUGGUGCGCGGAUGCCUCGGACAAUCGCGCCCAUUCACAUGGUGGUGCAAAAACAGGAGUUGCUUGAGGGCUCUGCAGGGGUGUGCCAGCCCCCAGUGGGAGGCGCCGACAAUGGGGCCCUGCCACCCAGGACUUUCCAACAAGGCUGCAGCGCCAUCUGGCCAAAAGUGGCAAGACUGCCCAGUGCCCAGCAGCAGAGGGGUGGUCCAGCGGUGGCCUUUCCUCUCGGCGGCAGCAGCGUCAUGCUCACACCCCAGCUGCUGCUUCUGCUGUCCUGCGGGGGAGCCCUGCUCGGUGCUGGUGUCCCUGAGACAGCCAUUGCAGGCAGCAUGACCUAUGUUAUAGGGCCACAGUUCCUGGGGCUGGGGGACAGUGGGGCUGUGAGGGGGAUGGGCAGCAAGAAGAAGGUGAAUGAGGGUCCUGCAGCAGCCAAGAGCGGAGGGAAGCACAAUGGAGAUCCUGGUGCUCCCUCAGCCAACAAAAGCUGCCUGAGUGACGUCUCCUUUGCCGACGCAGGCCUCUGGGGGCCGAAGGACCCCUCAUUAGCAGACCCCGGGGCUGAUUACACACCUGACCCUGAGGAGGAGCGUGAUAUGGGCUCCAAUAAGACAGGCCCCCACACCACCGGGGGAAGACCAGGUCUCUGCCCAGCAUGGGGUCCCCAGUACAGCUGCCUGGUCCGCAGAGAGGGGGACAAGCCAGUCAACACUCUCUCCACAGAUGAGCAGAGGGGUUGGUGCUCGACGUGGGGGGCCGGCCACUUCUCCACCUUCGACCACCACGUGUACAACUUCUCCGGGACGUGCAACUACGUCUUUGCUGCCAUCUGCAAGGACCCCUCGCCCACCUUCAGUGUCCAGCUCCGGCGCGGGUCGGACGGCACGACAGCCCGUAUCAUCAUGGAGCUGGGCUCCUCCGUGGUCACCGUGCAGAGCGGUGCCGUCUCCGUCAAGGACGUGGGGGUGGUCAGCCUGCCCUACACAAGCAACGGGCUCCAGAUCACGCCCUUCGGCCAGAACGUGCGGCUGGUGGCCAAGCAGCUGGAGCUGGAACUGGAGGUUCUGUGGGGCCCAGACGGCUACGUCAUGGUCCUGGUGGAGAGGAAGUUCAUGGGCAAGAUGUGCGGGCUGUGCGGGAACUUCGAUGGCGAGAAGGCCAACGAGUUCCUGAGUGAGGACGGCAAACUCCUGGAACCCCACAAGUAUGCUGCCCUCCAGAAACUGGACGACCCCAAUGAGAUCUGUGCCUACGAGGCGAUCCCCCAGCCCCUCGGCCCACAGGAAGAGCAUGCCCAGACCUGCGCCCAGCUGCUGAGCCUGGUGUCGCCCGAGUGCAGCGUGCCUCGAGAGCCGUUGGUGCAGAGCUGUCAGGUGGACAUGGCAACGUGCGCCCAGCCUGGCCAGAGCAACUGCAGCUGUGCCACGCUCUCCGAGUUCUCCCGCCAGUGCAGCAUGGCCGGCCAGGCAGUCAGUAGCUGGCGUGCGCCAGGCCUCUGCUCCGUGGGGCAGUGCCCAGCCAACCAGGUGUACAAGGAGUGCGGCCCAGCCCACAUCAGAACCUGUUCCAACCCAAGGCACAGCUCCCAAGGCUUCUGCACCUUUGGCUGCUUCUGCCCCGAAGGGAUGGUCCUUGAUGACCUCUCCAAAAACCAGACCUGUGUGCCCAUCACCCAGUGCCCCUGCAUGUUCAACGGGGCAGUCUAUGCCCCUGGGGAGGUCACGUCAUCUUCCUGCAGGACAUGCCAAUGCUCUGAGGGCCUCUGGAAAUGCACGGAGCAGCCCUGUCCAGGUCGCUGCUCUCUGGAAGGCGGCUCCUUUGUCACCACGUUCGAUGCCAGGCCUUACCGCUUCCAUGGCACCUGCACUUAUAUCCUCCUCCAGAGCCACCAGCUCCCUGAAGAGGGCUCUCUCAUGGCUGUGUACGACAAGUCCGGUUACUCGCACUCGGAGACCUCCCUAGUUGCUAUCAUCUACCUGUCCGGCCAGGACAAAAUCAUGAUUUCCCAAGAUGAGGUGAUCACCAACAACAGAGAGGUCAAGUGGCUGCCGUACAAAAUUGGCAACAUCACCAUCUUCAGACAAACGUCCACCCACCUCCAGAUGGCCACUGACUUUGGGCUGGAGCUCAUGAUCCAGCUGCAGCCGGUGUUCCAGGCGUAUGUCACCGUGGAGCCCCAGUUCAGGGGCCAGACCCGAGGGCUCUGUGGCAAUUACAACGGGGACACGACUGAUGACUUCAUGACCAGCAUGGGCAUCACUGAGGGCACUGCCUCACUCUUCGUGGACUCCUGGCGAGCGGGGAAUUGCCCGACGGCUCUUGAGCGCGAGACUGACCCCUGCUCCAUGAGCCAGCUCAACAAGGUGUGUGCUGAGACUCACUGCUCAGUGCUGGUGAAGAAGGGCUCCGUGUUCGAGAAAUGCCACUCAGUGGUGAACCCCCAGCCCUUCUACAAGAGGUGUGUCUACCAGGCGUGCAACUACGAGGAGACCUUCCCCCACAUCUGCGCCGCCCUGGGUGCCUACGCCCACCUGUGUGCCUCCCAUGGUGUCCUGCUCUGGGACUGGAGAAGCAGUGUGGACAACUGCACCAUCCCCUGCACGGGCAACACAACAUUCAGCUACAACAGCGAGGCCUGCAACCGCACUUGCAUGUCACUGUCGGACCACACGCUCGAGUGCCACCCCAGCGCGGUGCCCGUUGAUGGCUGCAACUGCCCCGAGGGCACCUACCUGAACCACAAGGCAGAGUGUGUGCGCAAGGCCCAGUGUCCCUGCCAGCUGGACAGCCACGAGUUCAUCUUGGCCGGACAGUCCACCAUUGUCGACGGCGCCACCUGCUACUGCAUCAACGGACGCCUGACCUGCUCCCGCAAGGCUCAGACGCUCCUGGCCACCUGCACAGCCCCAAAGACCUUCCAGUCAUGCAGCCAGUCCUCAGAGAGCAAGUUUGGGGCGGCCUGUGCCCCCACGUGUCAGAUGCUGGCAACGGGCAUCGCCUGUGUCCCCACCAAGUGUGAACCUGGCUGCGUCUGUGCCGAGGGCCUCUAUGAGGAUGCCAAUGGGCAGUGUGUGCCCCCCAGCAACUGCUCCUGCGAGUUUGGGGGGGCCUCCUACCCCACGGGCGCUGAGCUCAACACUGACUGUCAGACGUGCACCUGCAAGCAGGGAAAGUGGGUGUGCCAGCAAAGCACCAGCUGCGCGUCCACCUGCACCCUCUACGGGGAGGGGCACAUGAUCACCUUCGAUGGGCAGCGCUUUGUGUUCGACGGCAACUGCGAGUACACGCUGACCACGGACGGCUGCAGCACCAACGACUCGCAACCCACUUUUAAAAUUGUCACUGAGAAUGUCAUCUGCGGGAAGUCGGGGGUCACGUGCUCACGGGCCAUCAAGCUCUUCCUGGGGGCACUGUCCAUUGUACUGGCGGACAAGACCUACACGGUCAGUGGACACGACCCCCAGGUGAGCUUCCAGGUGCAGCCCGGCUCCAUGCACCUCGUGCUGGAAGUCUAUAUCGCUGGCAAGUACAACCUGACGCUCACCUGGAACAAGCACAUGAUGGUCCUCAUCAAGGUCUCACGCACCUCCGCACAGGACUCCUUCUGCGGCUUGUGCGGGAACUAUAACGGGAACAUGAAGGACGACUUUGAGACCCGCAGCAAGUACGUGGCCUCCAAUGAGCUGGAGUUUGUGAACUCGUGGAAGGAGGACCCGCUGUGCGGAGACGUGAGCUUCGUGCUCGAUCCGUGCAGCCUCAACACCUUCCGCCGCUCCUGGGCCGAGCGGAAGUGCGGGAUCAUCAACAGCCAGACCUUUGCGGCCUGCCACAGCCAGGUGUACCACAUGCCCUACUACGAAGCCUGUGUGCGGGACACAUGUGGGUGUGACACGGGAGGGGACUGUGAGUGUCUGUGCGACGCCGUGGCCGCCUACGCCAAGGCCUGUCUGGACAAGGGCGUGUGCGUGGACUGGAGGUCACCCGACUUCUGCCCCACCUACUGUGACUUCUACAACACCCACACGAGGGUGGGCAGCAGCAGCAGCGAGUACCAGUAUGCACAGGAAGCCAACUGCACGUGGCACUACCAGCCCUGCCUCUGCCCCCACCAGCCGCAGAGCUACCCAAACAGCAACAUCGAAGGCUGCUACAACUGCUCCCAGGACAAGUACUUCGACCCCAACAAGGGCACGUGCGUGCCUUGUGCCACUCCCACACACAGCUGCUGGGCCAGAGCUGGGGCCAGAGCAGCUGAGUUCCAGCCCCCAGACUCGCCAGGCCCCGCCUACCACGCCUCCACCACCCACCACAGAAGCCCAGCCCACUACACCGGCCACACCGACCCCCAGAACCAGCGGGCUGCUCAGUUCUGCCCGACCCUCCACGAGCCCUGGGGCCACACCUGUGGGCCCUACGGCAACAGCCAGCCUGCCAGCUACGUCCAUGGCCAGCCCAUAGAAUCACCUCGAAGCACCACAGCCAUCACUCCACGGGUCACAUCUGCACCAACCCCAACGUCCACGCGGCGUGUAACGGCUACUAGACCCACGGUGACCCAAGCCACGAGCCACCCCACAGCAUCUCAUCCCACCACGGCCACACAGACCACAGCUGAGGCCACAGAGCGCACCACAGCACCUACGGCAACCCCAACGGCGCUGGAAGAGACCUCAAGUAUCCUGCCAGGUGAGCGUGCUCGGCAGGCAGUCCCCAAGCACAGCCCCCACCCCAUCAACGCAGGAGGGCCGUGCCCCACCAUAGCAGGAGAAGCCGUCCCGGGAGCACAGAGACGAACUGGGCCACCAGGCGACGCGCAGGCAUGGCCUCGCCCCAGACACUCACCCACUAACAAACUCCCUCCCUGCCUGCACCCCACAGCAACAGGACAUGGGCCCCACACGAGCGCAGUCCCUGCCAGCCAUGCGGCCUCCACCUCCACGGCCGCCACGGGCACCACAACGGGGCGACAAACGCGCACACGAUCCCCAGAGAUCACGCCUCCGACUCGGAUCCCGCCAUUGGCCACCUCCUCGGUGACGCCAACCUCUCACAGAGUCACCACGCCAGCCGCUGAAGCCACGACGUCCUCCCUCUCCAGCCCACCGCCCACGGGGACCUCUCUAUCGACCACCACCGCCCCAGGCACAGGCACACGGCCCACACCCUCAACGCCACCACUCACCCAGGCCACCAGGGCCACCGUCCCUCCCCACGGCUCCAUCAGCACAGCCAAAACUAAGAGUCCCCCGGUGUCAACCCCGCGCGCAACACUGACUCCCCAAACCACCUUACCUACUCACACCAUCACCCCAAAACCCACCACUACAGCAAAUGGGACUCCGGUGCCCAAGACCACCUCGCCUUCCACCCACAGCCGACCUAACACUCCCUUCACCACGAUCUCCCAACCAACGGUUUUUGCCACCUCCUCUUCACGCAGCACAGGUCUCCCAACGAGUACCUCCUUCAAGACCACUAGCAGCUUUCUGACCCUCUCACGCACCAAGAGGACCCUUCCCACUCAGGUCCCGCCACUUGCCACCUCUUCAGUGACUCCAACCUCUCACCGAGUCACCACACCAACCUCUGAAGCCAUCAUGUCCUCCCCCUCCAGCCCGCCGCCCACUGGGACCUCUGGGCCUACCACUGCCACCCCCAGCACAGGCACACGAACCACACCCUCAACGCCACCACUCACCAAGAUCACCAGUGCCCCUGGCCCUUCCCACAGCUCCAUCAGCACAGCCAAAACCACCAGUCCCCCACUGUCACUUCCGCCAUCAACAGCACCUGCCUCAUCCACCUCACCUCCUCACACCACCGUCACUCCCAAGCCCACCACGACAGCAACGGGGACUCCGGUGCCUGAGACCACCUCGCCUGUCUCCCAUAGUCGACCUCACACUACUUUCACGACACUCUCCCAACCGACUGUUUCUGCAUCCUCCUCUUCACGCAGCACAGGUCACCCAACGGGAACCUCCUUCAAGACCACCGCCACGCUUCCAACCCCCUCAAGCCCCGAGACCACGCUUCCAACCCCGGUCCAGCCUUUUGCCACCUCCUCGGUUACUGCAACCUCUCACCCAGUCACCACACCAACUACUGAAACCAUCAGCUCCUCCCACGCCAGCCCAACGCACACUGGAACCUCUCCGCCUACCACGGCCGCCCCCAGCACAGGUACACGGUCCACACCCUCAACGCCACCACUCACCAAGACCACCAUUGCCACUGGCUCCUCCCACAGCUCCAUCAGCACAGCCAAAACCACCAGUCCCCCACUGUCACUUCCGCCAUCAACAGCACCUGCCUCAUCCACCUCACCUCCUCACACCACCGUCACUCCCAAGCCCACCACGACAGCAACUGGGACUCCGGUGCCUGAGACCACCUCGCCUGUCUCCCAUAGUCAACCUCACACUACUUUCACGACACUCUCCCAACCCACGGUUUCUGCCUCCUCCUCUUCACGCAGCACAGGUCCCCCAACGGGAACCUCCUUCAAAACCACCACCACGCUUCCAACCCCCUCAAGCACCAAGACCAAGCUUCCCACUCCGGUCCCACCUGUUGACACCUCCUCGGUGACUCCAACCUCUCACCAAGUCACCACCCCAACUGCUGAAGCCAUCAAAUCCUCCUCCAGCCCACUGACCACUGCCACCUCUCGGCCUACCACGGCCGCCCCCAGCACAGGCACACGGUCCACACCCUCAACCGCACCAUUCACCAAGACCACCAGUGCCACCGGCUCCUCCCACACCUCAGUCAGCACAGUCGAAACCACCAUUUCCCCGGUGUCAUUUGCGCCAUCAACAGCACCUGCCUCAUCCACCUCACCUCCUCACACCACCAUCACCCCCAAGCCCAACAACAGAGCAACUGGGACUCCGGUGCCUGAGACCACCUCGCCUGUCUCCCAUAGUCAACCUCACACUACUUUCACGACACUCUCCCAAACCACGGUUUCUGCCUCCUCCUCUUCACGCAGCACAGGUCCCCCAAAGGGAACCUCCUUCAAGACCACCACCACGCUUCCAAUCCCCUCAAGCUCCAUCACCACAGUUCCCACUCCGGUCCCGCCUGUUGCCACCUCCUCGGUGACUCCAACCUCGCAACAAGUCACCACCCUAACUCCUGCAGCCAUCAAAUCUUCCUCCAGCCCACUGACCACUGCCACUUCUCGGCCUACCACGGCUGCCCCCAGCACAGGCACACAGUCCACACCCUCAACAUCACCACUCACCAAGACCACCACUGCCACCGGCUCUGCCCACAGCUCCAUCAGUACAGCCAAAACCACCAGUCCCCCACUGUCACUUCCGCCCUCCACAGCGCCUCCCUCAUCCACCUCACCUCCUCACACCACCAUCACCCCCAAGCCCACCAGCAGAGCAACUGGGACUCCGGUUCCUGAGACCACCUCGCCUGUCUCCCAUAGUCGACCUCACACUAAUUUCACGACACCCUCGCAACCCACGGUUUAUGCCUCCUCCUCUUCACGCAGCACAGGUCCCCCAACGGGAACCUCCUUCAAGACCACCACCACGCUUUCAACCCCCUCAAGCCCCGAGACCACGCUUCCCACCCCGGUCCAGCCUUUGGCCACCUCCUCGGUUACUGCAACCUCUCACCCAGUCACCACACCAACUACUGAAACCAUCAGCUCCUCCCCCUCCAGCCCACCGCACACUGGAACCUCUCGGCCUACCACGGCCGCCCCCAGCACAGGUACACGGUCCACACCCUCAACGUCACCACUCACCAAAACCACCAUUGCCACUGGCUCCUCCCACAGCUCCAUCAGCACAGCCAAAACCACCAGUCCCCCACUGUCACUUCCGCCAUCAACAGCACCUGCCUCAUCCACCUCACCUCCUCACACCACCGUCACUCCCAAGCCCACCAUGACAGCAACUGGGACUCCGGUGCAUGAGACCACCUCGCCUGUCUCCCAUAGUCAACCUCACACUACUUUCACGACAUUCUCCGAACCAACGGUUUCUGCCUCCUCCUCUUCACGCAGCACAGGUCCCCCAACGGGAACCUCCUUCAAGACCACCACCACGCUUCCAAUCCCCUCAAGCCCCAAGACCACGCUUCCCACUCCGGUCCCGCCUGUUGCCACCUCCUCGGUGACUCCAACCUCGCAACAAGUCACCACCCUAACUCCUGCAGCCAUCAAAUCCUCCUCCAGCCCACUGACCACUGCCACCUCUCGGCCUACCACGGCUGCCCCCAGCACAGGCACACAGUCCACACCCUCAACCUCACCAUUCACCAAGACCACCACUGCCACCGGCUCUGCCCACAGCUCCAUCAGUACAGCCAAAACCACCAGUCCCCCACUGUCACUUCCGCCCUCCACAGCGCCUCCUUCAUCCACCUCACCUCCUCACACCACCAUCACCACCAAGCCCACCAGCAGAGCAACUGGGACUCCGGUGCCUGAGACCACCUCGCCUGUCUCCCAUAGUCGACCUCACACUAAUUUCACGACACCCUCGCAACCCACCGUUUCUGCCUCCUCCUCUUCACGCAGCACAGGUCCCCCAACGGGAACCUCCUUCAAGACCACCACCACGCUUCCAACCCCCUCAAGCCCCGAGACCACGCUUCCCACCCCGGUCCAGCCUUUGGCCACCUCCUCGGUUACUGCAACCUCUCACCCAGGCACCACACCAACUACUGAAACCAUCAGCUCCUCCCCCUCCAGCCCACCGCACACUGGAACCUCUCGGCCUACCACGGCCGCCCCCAGCACAGGUACACGGUCCACACACUCAACGCCACCACUCACCAAAACCACCAUUGCCACUGGCUCCUCCCACAGCUCCAUCAGCACAGCCAAAACCACCAGUCCCCCACUGUCACUUCCGCCAUCAACAGCACCUGCCUCAUCCACCUCACCUCCUCACACCACCGUCACUCCCAAGCCCACCACGACAGCAACUGGGACUCCGGUGCCUGAGACAACCUCGCCUCUCUCCCAUAGUCAACCUCACACUACUUUCACAACACUCUCCAAACCCACGGUUUCUGUCUCCUCCUCUUCACGCAGCACAGGUCCCCCAACGGGAACCUCCUUCAAAACCACCACCACGCUUCCAACCCCCUCAAGCACCAAGACCAAGCUUCCCACUCCGGUCCCGCCUGUUGCCACCUCCUCGGUGACUCCAACCUCGCAACAAGUCACCACCCCAACUACUGAAGCCAUCAAAUCCUCCUCCAGCCCACUGACCACUGCCACCUCUCGGCCUACCACGGCCGCCCCCAGCACAGGCACACGGUCCACACCCUCAACCUCACCAUUCACCAAGACCACCAGUGCCACCGGCUCCUCCCACACCUCCGUCAGCACAGUCAAAACCACCAUUUCCCAGGUGCCAUUUGCGCCAUCAACAGCACCUGCCUCAUCCACCUCACCUCCUCACACCACCAUCACCCCCAAGCCCACCAGCAGAGCAACUGGGACUCCGGUGCCUGAGACCACCUCGCCUGUCUCCCAUAGUCAACCUCACACUACUUUCACGACACUCUCCCAACCCACGGUUUCUGCCUCCUCCUCUUCACGCAGCACAGGUCCCCCAACGGGAACUUCCUUAAAGACCACCACCACGCUUCCAAUCCCCUCAAGCCGCAAGACCACGCUUCCCACUCCGGUCCCGCCUGUUGCCACCUCCUCGGUGACUCCAACCUCGCAACAAGUCACCACCCUAACUCCUGCAGCCAUCAAAUCCUCCUCCAGCCCACUGACCACUGCCACCUCUCGGCCUACCACGGCUGCCCCCAGCACAGGCACACAGUCCACACCCUCAACCUCACCAUUCACCAAGACCACCACUGCCACCGGCUCUGCCCACAGCUCCAUCAGUACAGCCAAAACUACCAGUCCCCCACUGUCACUUCCGCCCUCUACAGCGCCUCCCUCAUCCACCUCACCUCCUCACACCACCAUCACCACCAAGCCCACCAGCAGAGCAACUGGGACUCCAGUGCCUGAGACCACCUCGCCUGUCUCCCAUAGUCGACCUCACACUAAUUUCACGACACCCUCGCAACCCACCGUUUCUGCCUCCUCCUCUUCACGCAGCACAGGUCCCCCAACGGGAACCUCCUUCAAGACCACCACCACGCUUCCAACCCCCUCAAGCCCCGAGACCACGCUUCCCACCCCGGUCCAGCCUUUGGCCACCUCCUCGGUUACUGCAACCUCUCACCCAGGCACCACACCAACUACUGAAACCAUCAGCUCCUCCCCCUCCAGCCCACCGCACACUGGAACCUCUCGGACUACCACGGCCGCCCCCAGCACAGGUACACGGUCCACACCCUCAACGCCACCACUCACCAAGACCACCAUUGCCACUGGCUCCUCCCACAGCUCCAUCAGCACAGCCAAAACCACCAGUCCCCCACUGUCACUUCCGCCAUCAACAGCACCUGCCUCAUCCACCUCACCUCCUCACACCACCGUCACUCCCAAGCCCACCACGACAGCAACUGGGACUCCGGUGCCUGAGACAACCUCGCCUCUCUCCCAUAGUCAACCUCACACUACUUUCACAACACUCUCCCAACCCACGGUUUCUGUCUCCUCCUCUUCACGCAGCACAGGUCCCCCAACGGGAACCUCCUUCAAAACCACCACCACGCUUCCAACCCCCUCAAGCACCAAGACCAAGCUUCCCACUCCCGUCCCGCCUGUUGCCACCUCCUCGGUGACUCCAACCUCGCAACAAGUCACCACCCCAACUACUGAAGCCAUCAAAUCCUCCUCCAGCCCACUGACCACUGACACCUCUCGGCCUACCACGGCCGCCCCCAGCACAGGCACACGGUCCACACCCUCAACCUCACCAUUCACCAAGACCACCAGUGCCACCGGCUCCUCCCACACCUCCGUCAGCACAGUCAAAACCACCAUUUCCCAGGUGCCAUUUGCGCCAUCAACAGCACCUGCCUCAUCCACCUCACCUCCUCACACCACCAUCACCCCCAAGCCCACCAGCAGAGCAACUGGGACUCCGGUGCCUGAGACCACCUCGCCUGUCUCCCAUAGUCAACCUCACACUACUUUCACGACACUCUCCCAACCCACGGUUUCUGCCUCCUCCUCUUCACGCAGCACAGGUCCCCCAACGGGAACUUCCUUAAAGACCACCACCACGCUUCCAAUCCCCUCAAGCCCCAAGACCACGCUUCCCACUCCGGUCCCGCCUGUUGCCACCUCCUCGGUGACUCCAACCUCGCAACAAGUCACCACCCUAACUCCUGCAGCCAUCAAAUCCUCCUCCAGCCCACUGACCACUGCCACCUCUCGGCCUACCACGGCUGCCCCCAGCACAGGCACACAGUCCACACCCUCAACCUCACCAUUCACCAAGACCACCACUGCCACCGGCUCUGCCCACAGCUCCAUCAGUACAGCCAAAACUACCAGUCCCCCACUGUCACUUCCGCCCUCUACAGCGCCUCCCUCAUCCACCUCACCUCCUCACACCACCAUCACCACCAAGCCCACCAGCAGAGCAACUGGGACUCCGGUGCCUGAGACCACCUCGCCUGUCUCCCAUAGUCGACCUCACACUAAUUUCACGACACCCUCGCAACCCACCGUUUCUGCCUCCUCCUCUUCACGCAGCACAGGUCCCCCAACGGGAACCUCCUUCAAGACCACCACCACGCUUCCAACCCCCUCAAGCCCCGAGACCACGCUUCCCACCCCGGUCCAGCCUUUGGCCACCUCCUUGGUUACUGCAACCUCUCACCCAGGCACCACACCAACUACUGAAACCAUCAGCUCCUCCCCCUCCAGCCCACCGCACACUGGAACCUCUCGGACUACCACGGCCGCCCCCAGCACAGGUACACGGUCCACACCCUCAACGCCACCACUCACCAAGACCACCAUUGCCACUGGCUCCUCCCACAGCUCCAUCAGCACAGCCAAAACCACCAGUCCCCCACUGUCACUUCCGCCAUCAACAGCACCUGCCUCAUCCACCUCACCUCCUCACACCACCGUCACUCCCAAGCCCACCACGACAGCAACUGGGACUCCGGUGCCUGAGACAACCUCGCCUCUCUCCCAUAGUCAACCUCACACUACUUCCACGACACUAUCCCAACCCACGGUUUCUGCCUCCUCCUCUUCACGCAGCACAGGUCCCCCAACGGGAACCUCCUUCAAAACCACCACCACGCUUCCAACCCCCUCAAGCACAAAGAACAAGCUUCCCACUCCGGUCUCGCCUGUUGCCACCUCCUCGGUGACUCCAACCUCUUACCAAGUCACCACCCCAACUACUGAAGCCAUCAAAUCCUCCUCCAGCCCACUGACCACUGCCACCUCUCGGCCUACCACGGCCGCACCGAGCACAGGCACACAGUCCACACCCUCAACCUCACCAUUCACCAAGACCACCAGUGCCACCGGCUCCUCCCACACCUCCGUCAGCACAGCCAAAACCACCAGUCCCCCACUGUCACUUCCGCCCUCUACAGCGUCUCCCUCAUCCACCUCACCUCCUCGCACCACCAUCACCACCAAGCCCACCAGCAGAGCAAGUGGGACUCCGGUGCCUGAGACAACCUCGCCUGUCUCCCAUAGUCGACCUCACACUACUUUCACGACACUCUCCCAACCCACGGUUUCUGCCUCCUCCUCUUCACGCAGCACAGGUCCCCCAACGGGAACUUCCUUAAAGACCACCACCACGCUUCCAAUCCCCUCAAGCCCCGAGACCACGCUUCCCACUCCGGUCCCGCCUGUUGCCACCUCCUCGGUGACUCCAACCUCGCAACAAGUCACCACCCUAACUCCUGCAGCCAUCAAAUCCUCCUCCAGCCCACUGACCACUGCCACCUCUCGGCCUACCACGGCUGCCCCCAGCACAGGCACACGGUCCACACCCUCAACCUCACCAUUCACCAAGACCACCACUGCCACCGGCUCUGCCCACAGCUCCAUCAGUACAGCCAAAACCACCAGUCCCCCACUGUCACUUCCGCCCUCUACAGCGCCUCCCUCAUCCACCUCACCUCCUCGCACCACCAUCACCACCAAGCCCACCAGCAGAGCAACUGGGACUACGGUGCCUGAGAACACCUCGCCUGUCUCCCAUAGUCGACCUCACACUAAUUUCACGACACUCUCGCAACCCACCGUUUCUGCCUCCUCCUCUUCACGCAGCACAGGUCCCCCAACGGGAACCUCCUUCAAGACCACCACCACGCUUCCAACCCCCUCAAGCCCCGAGACCACGCUUCCAACCCCGGUCCAGUCUUUGGCCACCUCCUCGGUUACUGCAACCUCUCACCCAGUCACCACACCGACUGCUGAAACCAUCAGCUCCACCCCCUCCAGCCCACCGCACACUGGAACCACUCGGCCUACCACGGCCGCCCCCAGCACAGGUACACGGUCCACACCCUCAACGCCACCACUCAGCAAGACCACCAUUGCCACUGGCUCCUCCCACAGCUCCAUCAGCACAGCCAAAACCACCAGUCCCCCACUGUCACUUCCGCCAUCAACAGCACCUGCCUCAUCCACCUCACCUCCUCACACCACCGUCACUCCCAAGCCCACCACGACAGCAACUGGGACUCCGGUGCCUGAGACAACCUCGCCUCUCUCCCAUAGUCAACCUCACACUACUUCCACGACACUCUCCCAACCCACGGUUUCUGCCUCCUCCUCUUCACGCAGCACAGGUCCCCCAACGGGAACCUCCUUCAAAACCACCACCACGCUUCCAACCCCCUCAAGCACCAAGACCAAGCUUCCCACUCCGGUCCCGCCUGUUGCCACCUCCUCGGUGACUCCAACCUCGCAACAAGUCACCACCCUAACUCCUGCAGCCAUCAAAUCCUCCUCCAGCCCACUGACCACUGCCACCUCUCGGCCUACCACGGCCGCCCCCAGCACAGGCACACGGUCCACACCCUCAACCUCACCAUUCUCCAAGACCACCAGUGCCACCGGCUCCUCCCAAACCUCCGUCAGCACAGUCAAAACCACCAUGUCCCCGGUGUCAUUUGCGCCAUCAACAGCACCUGCCUCAUCCACCUCACCUCCUCACACCACCAUCACCCCCAAACCCACCAGCAGAGCAACUGGGACUCCGGUGCCUGAGACCACCUUGCCUGUCUCCCAUAUUCAACCUCACACUACUUUCACGACACUCUCCCAACCAACGGUUUCUGCCUCCUCCUCUUCACGCAGCACAGGUAACCCAACGGGAACCUCCUUCAAGACCACCACCACGCUUCCAAUCCCCUCAAGCCCCAAGACCACGCUUCCCACUCCGGUCCCGCCUGUUGCCACCUCCUCGGUGACUCCAACCUCGCAACAAGUCACCACUCUAACUCCUGCAGCCAUCAAAUCCUCCUCCAGCCCACUGACCACUGCCACUUCUCGGCCUACCACGGCUGCCCCCAGCACAGGCACACAGUCCACACCCUCAACCUCACCAUUCACCAAGACCACCACUGCCACCGGCUCUGCCCACAGCUCCAUCAGUACAGCCAAAACUACCAGUCCCCCACUGUCACUUCCGCCCUCUACAGCGCCUCCCUCAUCCACCUCACCUCCUCGCACCACCAUCACCACCAAGCCCACCAGCAGAGCAACGGGGACUCCGGUGCCUGAGACCACCUCGCCUGUCUCCCAUAGUCGACCUCACACUAAUUUCACGACACCCUCGCAACCCACCGUUUCUGCCUCCUCCUCUUCACGCAGCACAGGUCCCCCAACGGGAACCUCCUUCAAGACCACCACCACGCUUCCAACCCCCUCAAGCCCCGAGACCACGCUUCCCACCCCGGUCCAGCCUUUGGCCACCUCCUCGGUUACUGCAACCUCUCACCCAGUCACCACACCAACUACUGAAACCAUCAGCUCCACCCCCUCCAGCCCACCGCACACUGGAACCUCUCGGCCUACCACGGCCGCCCCCAGCACAGGUACACGGUCCACACCCUCAACGCCACCACUCACCAAGACCACCAUUGCCACUGGCUCCUCCCACAGCUCUAUCAGCACAGCCAAAACCACCAGUCCCCCACUGUCACUUCCGCCAUCAACAGCACCUGCCUCAUCCACCUCACCUCCUCACACCACCGUCACUCCCAAGCCCACCACGACAGCAACUGGGACUCCGGUGCCUGAGACAACCUCGCCUCUCUCCCAUAGUCAACCUCACACUACUUUCACGACACUCUCCCAACCCACGGUUUCUGCCUCCUCCUCUUCACGCAGCACAGGUCCCCCAACGGGAACCUCCUUCAAAACCACCACCACGCUUCCAACCCCCUCAAGCACCAAGACCAAGCUUCCCACUCCGGUCCCGCCUGUUGCCACCUCCUCGGUGACUCCAACCUCGCAACAAGUCACCACCCUAACUCCUGCAGCCAUCAAAUCCUCCUCCAGCCCACUGACCACUGCCACCUCUCGGCCUACCACGGCUGCCCCCAGCACAGGCACACGGUCCACACCCUCAACCUCACCAUUCACCAAGACCACCACUGCCACCGGCUCUGCCCACAGCUCCAUCAGUACAGCCAAAACCACCAGUCCCCCACUGUCACUUCCGCCCUCUACAGCGCCUCCCUCAUCCACCUCACCUCCUCGCACCACCAUCACCACCAAGCCCACCAGCAGAGCAACUGGGACUACGGUGCCUGAGAACACCUCGCCUGUCUCCCAUAGUCGACCUCACACUAAUUUCACGACACUCUCGCAACCCACCGUUUCUGCCUCCUCCUCUUCACGCAGCACAGGUCCCCCAACGGGAACCUCCUUCAAGACCACCACCACGCUUCCAACCCCCUCAAGUCCCGAGACCACGCUUCCAACCCCGGUCCAGUCUUUGGCCACCUCCUCGGUUACUGCAACCUCUCACCCAGUCACCACACCGACUGCUGAAACCAUCAGCUCCACCCCCUCCAGCCCACCGCACACUGGAACCACUCGGCCUACCACGGCCGCCCCCAGCACAGGUACACGGUCCACACCCUCAACGCCACCACUCAGCAAGACCACCAUUGCCACUGGCUCCUCCCACAGCUCCAUCAGCACAGCCAAAACCACCAGUCCCCCACUGUCACUUCCGCCAUCAACAGCACCUGCCUCAUCCACCUCACCUCCUCACACCACCGUCACUCCCAAGCCCACCACGACAGCAACUGGGACUCCGGUGCCUGAGACAACCUCGCCUCUCUCCCAUAGUCAACCUCACACUACUUCCACGACACUCUCCCAACCCACGGUUUCUGCCUCCUCCUCUUCACGCAGCACAGGUCCCCCAACGGGAACCUCCUUCAAAACCACCACCACGCUUCCAACCCCCUCAAGCACCAAGACCAAGCUUCCCACUCCGGUCCCGCCUGUUGCCACCUCCUCGGUGACUCCAACCUCGCAACAAGUCACCACCCUAACUCCUGCAGCCAUCAAAUCCUCCUCCAGCCCACUGACCACUGCCACCUCUCGGCCUACCACGGCCGCCCCCAGCACAGGCACACGGUCCACACCCUCAACCUCACCAUUCUCCAAGACCACCAGUGCCACCGGCUCCUCCCAAACCUCCGUCAGCACAGUCAAAACCACCAUGUCCCCGGUGUCAUUUGCGCCAUCAACAGCACCUGCCUCAUCCACCUCACCUCCUCACACCACCAUCACCCCCAAACCCACCAGCAGAGCAACUGGGACUCCGGUGCCUGAGACCACCUUGCCUGUCUCCCAUAUUCAACCUCACACUACUUUCACGACACUCUCCCAACCAACGGUUUCUGCCUCCUCCUCUUCACGCAGCACAGGUAACCCAACGGGAACCUCCUUCAAGACCACCACCACGCUUCCAAUCCCCUCAAGCCCCAAGACCACGCUUCCCACUCCGGUCCCGCCUGUUGCCACCUCCUCGGUGACUCCAACCUCGCAACAAGUCACCACUCUAACUCCUGCAGCCAUCAAAUCCUCCUCCAGCCCACUGACCACUGCCACUUCUCGGCCUACCACGGCUGCCCCCAGCACAGGCACACAGUCCACACCCUCAACCUCACCAUUCACCAAGACCACCACUGCCACCGGCUCUGCCCACAGCUCCAUCAGUACAGCCAAAACUACCAGUCCCCCACUGUCACUUCCGCCCUCUACAGCGCCUCCCUCAUCCACCUCACCUCCUCGCACCACCAUCACCACCAAGCCCACCAGCAGAGCAACGGGGACUCCGGUGCCUGAGACCACCUCGCCUGUCUCCCAUAGUCGACCUCACACUAAUUUCACGACACCCUCGCAACCCACCGUUUCUGCCUCCUCCUCUUCACGCAGCACAGGUCCCCCAACGGGAACCUCCUUCAAGACCACCACCACGCUUCCAACCCCCUCAAGCCCCGAGACCACGCUUCCCACCCCGGUCCAGCCUUUGGCCACCUCCUCGGUUACUGCAACCUCUCACCCAGUCACCACACCAACUACUGAAACCAUCAGCUCCACCCCCUCCAGCCCACCGCACACUGGAACCUCUCGGCCUACCACGGCCGCCCCCAGCACAGGUACACGGUCCACACCCUCAACGCCACCACUCACCAAGACCACCAUUGCCACUGGCUCCUCCCACAGCUCUAUCAGCACAGCCAAAACCACCAGUCCCCCACUGUCACUUCCGCCAUCAACAGCACCUGCCUCAUCCACCUCACCUCCUCACACCACCGUCACUCCCAAGCCCACCACGACAGCAACUGGGACUCCGGUGCCUGAGACAACCUCGCCUCUCUCCCAUAGUCAACCUCACACUACUUCCACGACACUCUCCCAACCCACGGUUUCUGCCUCCUCCUCUUCACGCAGCACAGGUCCCCCAACGGGAACCUCCUUCAAAACCACCACCACGCUUCCAACCCCCUCAAGCACCAAGACCAAGCUUCCCACUCCGGUCCCGCCUGUUGCCACCUCCUCGGUGACUCCAACCUCGCAACAAGUCACCACUCUAACUCCUGCAGCCAUCAAAUCCUCCUCCAGCCCACUGACCACUGCCACCUCUCGGCCUACCACGGCUGCCCCCAGCACAGGCACACGGUCCACACCCUCAACCUCACCAUUCACCAAGACCACCACUGCCACCGGCUCUGCCCACAGCUCCAUCAGUACAGCCAAAACCACCAGUCCCCCACUGUCACUUCCGCCCUCUACAGCGCCUCCCUCAUCCACCUCACCUCCUCGCACCACCAUCACCCCCAAGCCCACCAGCAGAGCAACGGGGACUCCGGUGCCUGAGACCACCUCGCCUGUCUCCCAUAGUCGACCUCACACUAAUUUCACGACACCCUCGCAACCCACCGUUUCUGCCUCCUCCUCUUCACGCAGCACAGGUCCCCCAACGGGAACCUCCUUCAAGACCACCACCACGCUUCCAACCCCCUCAAGCCCCGAGACCACGCUUCCCACCCCGGUCCAGCCUUUGGCCACCUCCUCGGUUACUGCAACCUCUCACCCAGUCACCACACCAACUACUGAAACCAUCAGCUCCACCCCCUCCAGCCCACCGCACACUGGAACCUCUCGGCCUACCACGGCCGCCCCCAGCACAGGUACACGGUCCACACCCUCAACGCCACCACUCACCAAGACCACCAUUGCCACUGGCUCCUCCCACAGCUCUAUCAGCACAGCCAAAACCACCAGUCCCCCACUGUCACUUCCGCCAUCAACAGCACCUGCCUCAUCCACCUCACCUCCUCACACCACCGUCACUCCCAAGCCCACCACGACAGCAACUGGGACUCCGGUGCCUGAGACAACCUCGCCUCUCUCCCAUAGUCAACCUCACACUACUUCCACGACACUCUCCCAACCCACGGUUUCUGCCUCCUCCUCUUCACGCAGCACAGGUCCCCCAACGGGAACCUCCUUCAAAACCACCACCACGCUUCCAACCCCCUCAAGCACCAAGACCAAGCUUCCCACUCCGGUCCCGCCUGUUGCCACCUCCUCGGUGACUCCAACCUCGCAACAAGUCACCACCCUAACUCCUGCAGCCAUCAAAUCCUCCUCCAGCCCACUGACCACUGCCACCUCUCGGCCUACCACGGCUGCCCCCAGCACAGGCACACGGUCCACACCCUCAACCUCACCAUUCACCAAGACCACCACUGCCACCGGCUCUGCCCACAGCUCCAUCAGUACAGCCAAAACCACCAGUCCCCCACUGUCACUUCCGCCCUCUACAGCGCCUCCCUCAUCCACCUCACCUCCUCGCACCACCAUCACCCCCAAGCCCACCAGCAGAGCAACUGGGACUCCGGUGCCUGAGACCACCUUGCCUGUCUCCCAUAGUCAACCUCACACUACUUUCACGACACUCUCCCAACCAACGGUUUCUGCCUCCUCCUCUUCACGCAGCACAGGUCCCCCAACGGGAACCUCCUUCAAGACCACCACCACGCUUCCAAUCCCCUCAAGCCCCAAGACCACGCUUCCCACUCCGGUCCCGCCUGUUGCCACCUCCUCGGUGACUCCAACCUCGCAACAAGUCACCACCCUAACUCCUGCAGCCAUCAAAUCCUCCUCCAGCCCACUGACCACUGCCACCUCUCGGCCUACCACGGCUGCCCCCAGCACAGGCACACAGUCCACACCCUCAACCUCACCAUUCACCAAGACCACCACUGCCACCGGCUCUGCCCACAGCUCCAUCAGUACAGCCAAAACUACCAGUCCCCCACUGUCACUUCCGCCCUCUACAGCGCCUCCCUCAUCCACCUCACCUCCUCGCACCACCAUCACCACCAAGCCCACCAGCAGAGCAACUGGGACUCCGGUGCCUGAGACCACCUCGCCUGUCUCCCAUAGUCGACCUCACACUAAUUUCACGACACCCUCGCAACCCACCGUUUCUGCCUCCUCCUCUUCACGCAGCACAGGUCCCCCAACGGGAACCUCCUUCAAGACCACCACCACGCUUCCAACCCCCUCAAGCCCCGAGACCACGCUUCCCACCCCGGUCCAGCCUUUGGCCACCUCCUCGGUUACUGCAACCUCUCACCCAGUCACCACACCAACUACUGAAACCAUCAGCUCCACCCCCUCCAGCCCACGGCACACUGGAACCUCUCGGCCUACCACGGCCGGCCCCAGCACAGGUACACGGUCCACACCCUCAACGCCACCACUCACCAAGACCACCAUUGCCACUGGCUCCUCCCACAGCUCCAUUAGCACAGCCAAAACCACCAGUCCCCCACUGUCACUUCCGCCAUCAACAGCACCUGCCUCAUCCACCUCACCUCCUCACACCACCGUCACUCCCAAGCCCACCACGACAGCAACUGGGACUCCGGUGCCUGAGACCACCUCGCCUCUCUCCCAUAGUCAACCUCACACUACUUCCACGACACUCUCCCAACCCACGGUUUCUGCCUCCUCCUCUUCACGCAGCACAGGUCCUCCAACGGGAACCUCCUUCAAAACCACCACCACGCUUCCAACCCCCUCAAGCACCAAGACCACGCUUCCCACUCCGGUCCCGCCUGUUGCCACCUCCUCGGUGACUCCAACCUCGCAACAAGUCACCACCCUAACUCCUGCAGCCAUCAAAUCCUCCUCCAGCCCACUGACCACUGCCACCUCUCGGCCUACCACGGCUGCCCCCAGCACAGGCACACAGUCCACACCCUCAACCUCACCAUUCACCAAGACCACCACUGCCACCGGCUCUGCCCACAGCUCCAUCAGUACAGCCAAAACCACCAGUCCCCCACUGUCACUUCCGCCCUCUACAGCGCCUCCCUCAUCCACCUCACCUCCUCGCACCACCAUCACCCCCAAGCCCACCAGCAGAGCAACUGGGACUCCGGUGCCUGAGACCACCUUGCCUGUCUCCCAUAGUCAACCUCACACUACUUUCACGACACUCUCCCAACCAACGGUUUCUGCCUCCUCCUCUUCACGCAGCACAGGUCCCCCAACGGGAACCUCCUUCAAGACCACCACCACGCUUCCAAUCCCCUCAAGCCCCAAGACCACGCUUCCCACUCCGGUCCCGCCUGUUGCCACCUCCUCGGUGACUCCAACCUCGCAACAAGUCACCACCCUAACUCCUGCAGCCAUCAAAUCCUCCUCCAGCCCACUGACCACUGCCACCUCUCGGCCUACCACGGCUGCCCCCAGCACAGGCACACAGUCCACACCCUCAACCUCACCAUUCACCAAGACCACCACUGCCACCGGCUCUGCCCACAGCUCCAUCAGUACAGCCAAAACUACCAGUCCCCCACUGUCACUUCCGCCCUCUACAGCGCCUCCCUCAUCCACCUCACCGCCUCGCACCACCAUCACCACCAAGCCCACCAGCAGAGCAACUGGGACUCCGGUGCCUGAGACCACCUCGCCUGUCUCCCAUAGUCGACCUCACACUAAUUUCACGACACCCUCGCAACCCACCGUUUCUGCCUCCUCCUCUUCACGCAGCACAGGUCCCCCAACGGGAAUCUCUUUCAAGACCACCACCACGCUUCCAACCCCCUCAAGCCCCGAGACCACGCUUCCCACCCCGGUCCAGCCUUUGGCCACCUCCUCGGUUACUGCAACCUCUCACCCAGUCACCACACCAACUACUGAAACCAUCAGCUCCACCCCCUCCAGCCCACCGCACACUGGAACCUCUCGGCCUACCACCGCCGGCCCCAGCACAGGUACACGGUCCACACCCUCAACGCCACCACUCACCAAGACCACCAUUGCCACUGGCUCCUCCCACAGCUCCAUCAGCACAGCCAAAACCACCAGUCCCCCACUGUCACUUCCGCCAUCAACAGCACCUGCCUCAUCCACCUCACCUCCUCACACCACCGUCACUCCCAAGCCCACCACGACAGCAACUGGGACUCCGGUGCCUGAGACAACCUCGCCUCUCUCCCAUAGUCAACCUCACACUACUUCCACGACACUCUCCCAACCCACGGUUUCUGCCUCCUCCUCUUCACGCAGCACAGGUCCCCCAACGGGAACCUCCUUCAAAACCACCACCACGCUUCCAACCCCCUCAAGCACCAAGACCAAGCUUCCCACUCCGGUCCCGCCUGUUGCCACCUCCUCGGUGACUCCAACCUCGCAACAAGUCACCACCCUAACUCCUGCAGCCAUCAAAUCCUCCUCCAGCCCACUGACCACUGCCACCUCUCGGCCUACCACGGCUGCCCCCAGCACAGGCACACAGUCCACACCCUCAACCUCACCAUUCACCAAGACCACCACUGCCACCGGCUCUGCCCACAGCUCCAUCAGUACAGCCAAAACUACCAGUCCCCCACUGUCACUUCCGCCCUCUACAGCGCCUCCCUCAUCCACCUCACCUCCUCGCACCACCAUCACCACCAAGCCCACCAGCAGAGCAACUGGGACUCCGGUGCCUGAGACCACCUCGCCUGUCUCCCAUAGUCGACCUCACACUAAUUUCACGACACCCUCGCAACCCACCGUUUCUGCCUCCUCCUCUUCACGCAGCACAGGUCCCCCAACGGGAACCUCCUUCAAGACCACCACCACGCUUCCAACCCCCUCAAGCCCCGAGACCACGCUUCCCACCCCGGUCCAGCCUUUGGCCACCUCCUCGGUUACUGCAACCUCUCACCCAGUCACCACACCAACUACUGAAACCAUCAGCUCCACCCCCUCCAGCCCACCGCACACUGGAACCUCUCGGCCUACCACGGCCGCCCCCAGCACAGGUACACGGUCCACACCCUCAACGCCACCACUCACCAAGACCACCACUGCCACUGGCUCCUCCCACAGCUCCAUCAGCACAGCCAAAACCACCAGUCCCCCACUGUCACUUCCGCCAUCAACAGCACCUGCCUCAUCCACCUCACCUCCUCACACCACCGUCACUCCCAAGCCCACCACGACAGCAACUGGGACUCCGGUGCCUGAGACCACCUCGCCUCUCUCCCAUAGUCAACCUCACACUACUUCCACGACACUCUCCCAACCCACGGUUUCUGCCUCCUCCUCUUCACGCAGCACAGGUCCCCCAACGGGAACCUCCUUCAAAACCACCACCACGCUUCCAACCCCCUCAAGCACCAAGACCAAGCUUCCCACUCCGGUCCCGCCUGUUGCCACCUCCUCGGUGACUCCAACCUCGCAACAAGUCACCACCCUAACUCCUGCAGCCAUCAAAUCCUCCUCCAGCCCACUGACCACUGCCACCUCUCGGCCUACCACGGCUGCCCCCAGCACAGGCACACAGUCCACACCCUCAACCUCACCAUUCACCAAGACCACCACUUCCACCGGCUCUGCCCACAGCUCCAUCAGUACAGCCAAAACCACCAGUCCCCCACUGUCACUUCCGCCCUCCACAGCGCCUCCUUCAUCCACCUCACCUCCUCACACCACCGUCACCCCCAAGCCCACCAGCAGAGCAACUGGGACUCCGGUGCCUGAGACCACCUCGCCUGUCUCCCAUAUUCAACCUCACACUAAUUUCACGACACCCUCCCAACCAACGGUUUCUGCCUCCUCCUCUUCACGCAGCACAGGUCCCCCAACGGGAACCUCCUUCAAGACCACCACCACGCUUCCAACCCCCUCAAGCCCCGAGACCACGCUUCCCACCCCGGUCCAGCCUUUGGCCACAUCCUCGGUUACUGCAACCUCUCACCCAGUCACCACACCAACUACUGAAACCAUCAGCUCCACCCCCUCCAGCCCACCGCACACUGGAACCUCUCGGCCUACCACGGCCGCCCCCAGCACAGGUACACGGUCCACACCCUCAACGCCACCACUCACCAAGACCACCAUUGCCACUGGCUCCUCCCACAGCUCCAUCAGCACAGCCAAAACCACCAGUCCCCCACUGUCACUUCCGCCAUCAACAGCACCUGCCUCAUCCACCUCACCUCCUCACACCACCGUCACUCCCAAGCCCACCACGACAGCAACUGGGACUCCGGUGCCUGAGACCACCUCGCCUCUCUCCCAUAGUCAACCUCACACUACUUCCACGACACUCUCCCAACCCACGGUUUCUGCCUCCUCCUCUUCACGCAGCACAGGUCCCCCAACGGGAACCUCCUUCAAAACCACCACCACGCUUCCAAUCCCCUCAAGCACCAAGACCAAGCUUACCACUCCGGUCCCGCCUGUUGCCACCUCCUCGGUGACUCCAACCUCGCAACAAGUCACCACCCUAACUCCUGCAGCCAUCAAAUCCUCCUCCAGCCCACUGACCACUGCCACCUCUCGGCCUACCACGGCUGCCCCCAGCACAGGCACACAGUCCACACCCUCAACCUCACCAUUCACCAAGACCACCACUGCCACCGGCUCUGCCCACAGCUCCAUCAGUACAGCCAAAACCACCAGUCCCCCACUGUCACUUCCGCCCUCUACAGCGCCUCCCUCAUCCACCUCACCUCCUCGCACCACCAUCACCACCAAGCCCACCAGCAGAGCAACUGGGACUCCGGUGCCUGAGACCACCUUGCCUGUCUCCCAUAGUCAGCCUCACACUACUUUCACGACACUCUCCCAACCAACGGUUUCUGCCUCCUUCUCUUCACGCAGCACAGGUCCCCCAACGGGAACCUCCUUCAAGACCACCACCACGCUUCCAAUCCCCUCAAGCCCCAAGACCACGCUUCCCACUCCGGUCCCGCCUGUUGCCACCUCCUCGGUGACUCCAACCUCGCAACAAGUCACCACCCUAACUCCUGCAGCCAUCAAAUCCUCCUCCAGCCCACUGACCACUGCCACCUCUCGGCCUACCACGGCUGCCCCCAGCACAGGCACACAGUCCACACCCUCAACCUCACCAUUCACCAAGACCACCACUGCCACCGGCUCUGCCCACAGCUCCAUCAGUACAGCCAAAACCACCAAUCCCCCACUGUCACUUCCGCCCUCCACAGCGCCUCCCUCAUCCACCUCACCUCCUCGCACCACCAUCACCACCAAGCCCACCAGCAGAGCAACUGGGACUCCGGUGCCUGAGACCACCUCGCCUGUCUCCCAUAGUCGACCUCACACUAAUUUCACGACACCCUCGCAACCCACCGUUUCUGCCUCCUCCUCUUCACGCAGCACAGGUCCCCCAACGGGAACCUCCUUCAAGACCACCACCACGCUUCCAACCCCCUCAAGCCCCGAGACCACGCUUCCCACCCCGGUCCAGCCUUUGGCCACCUCCUCGGUUACUGCAACCUCUCACCCAGUCACCACACCAACUACUGAAACCAUCAGCUCCACCCCCUCCAGCCCACCGCACACUGGAACCUCUCGGCCUACCACCGCCGCCCCCAGCACAGGUACACGGUCCACACCCUCAACGCCACCACUCACCAAGAGCACCAUUGCCACUGGCUCCUCCCACAGCUCCAUCAGCACAGCCAAAACCACCAGUCCCCCACUGUCACUUCCGCCAUCAACAGCACCUGCCUCAUCCACCUCACCUCCUCACACCACCGUCACUCCCAAGCCCACCACGACAGCAACUGGGACUCCGGUGCCUGAGACAACCUCGCCUCUCUCCCAUAGUCAACCUCACACUACUUCCACGACACUCUCCCAACCCACGGUUUCUGCCUCCUCCUCUUCACGCAGCACAGGUCCCCCAACGGGAACCUCCUUCAAAACCACCACCACGCUUCCAACCCCCUCAAGCACCAAGACCAAGCUUCCCACUCCCGUCCCGCCUGUUGCCACCUCCUCGGUGACUCCAACCUCUUACCAAGUCACCACCCCAACUACUGAAGCCAUCAAAUCCUCCUCCAGCCCACUGACCACUGCCACCUCUCGGCCUACCACGGCUGCCCCCAGCACAGGCACACGGUCCACACCCUCAACCUCACCAUUCACCAAGACCACCAGUGCCACCGGCUCCUCCCACACCUCCGUCAGCACAGUCAAAACCACCAUUUCCCAGGUGUCAUUUGCGCCAUCAACAGCACCUGCCUCAUCCACCUCACCUCCUCACACCACCAUCACCCCCAAACCCACCAGCAGAGCAACUGGGACUCUGGUGCCAGAGACCUCCUUGUCUGCCACCCACAGCCAACCUCACACUUCUUUCACCACGCUCUCCCCGCCCACUCUUUCUCCCUCCUCCUCUUCACACAGCACACGCCCCCCAUUGGGAACCUCUUUCAAGACCACCACCAGCUUUCCAAUCCCCUCAGGCCCCAGGACCACGGUUUCCACUCGGUUCCCGCCAUUUGCCACUUCCUCGGUGACUCUAACCUCUCACCGAGUCACCACCCUAACCGCUGAAGCCAUCACCUCCUCCCCCUCCAGUGCAUGGCCCACUGGCACCUCUCGGCCUACCACGCCUGCCCCUAGCACAGGCCCACGGCCCACAGCGUCAACGUCACCACUCACCAAGACCACCAGUGCCACCGGCCCUCCCCACAGCUCCCUAAGCACUGCCAAAACUAGUCCCCAUCGCUUCGUCGAUACCUUCUGUUUCAACCUUAGCAACAAGUACUUCAUCCUUUUCUUCAGCAGUGCCAUUGGUCCCUCCACCUCCAGCACCACUCCCAGUGCCGUGCCCUCAUCUCCCCUCUCCUCCCAGUCCACAUCUCUGUCCACCCCUCUCACCUCACUCACUGCCACACCUGGGAUUGUUUCAUCCACUCUGGGAGCGACAGCCUCUCCAAGUUCUCCAGCUACAAUGCUCACCACCAACCAGACCAGCACCACGGGGCUCUUGACCACCCUGGUCCUGACCAGCUCCAUUACUGCACAUGGGAGCUCUUCCAUCCCUGUCCCAGAAUCCUUCUCCACCCAAGGAUCUUCCAUUUCCUCUGUCGUGACAUCGCUCUCCAGUCCCACUGGGACCCCAGGGAUCUGCAGCGUGAGAGAGUAUGAGAAGGAGAUCACGUACCUGGGGUGUACAGCAAACGUGACAAUGACCCGCUGUGAGGGCAGCUGCGCCUCCUCUGCCAGCUUCAACAUCCACACCAAGCAAGUGGACAUACAGUGCGGCUGCUGCCACCCGUUGAGGUCCUACGAGAAGCAGCUAGUGCUGCCCUGCCCAGAUCCCAGUGCGCCCGGGGACCAGCUGGUGCUCACCGUGCUGGUCUUCAGCAGUUGUGCGUGUAGCAGCCAGGCCUGCAGGGACUAGCAGAGCCUCUCUCUGCACUCCUGGGUUCAGGAGCUGCAGCUGACUCCAAGGAACUGUCCCUGCCACCCUCUGGUUUGUCCUGCCUGCAACCCCUUUCCUGACCAUUCGGAUGGCCCUGGGCCAUGGCUCACCCCAGAGGCGCUCCACAGACCUGCCGGAAGCAGAGCACACAUCAGGGGCCCUGACCACAGGCUCUGCUGGACUGUGCGGAAGAUGACCUGAGGCGCUUGCAUCUGUCCACUCUCCUGACCUUCAGACGCAGCCAGCCGAGCUCUGUGGGCAGACAACCGAGAAGACCACAG